GUUGGUACCACUGUUGUUCCUAACCUUGAAUUUUUCAAAUUCUUAAACCAAUUUUAUGGAUGAAAAACUGAAUGAAAUCAUAAACAAAAAUGACGAAUGGAUAAUAACCAAAAAUGAAGGAGGAAAGCUCCAAGUGGCGGCGUGCAGGGACAGCGAAAUAUUUGAUGAAACACAAAAAGCAAGCAGAGAGUAUGUCGAAUUCGGCAGUGCCGUUGCCACAACAUCAAGUGCCAUAAGACCCGCUCCUACUUUUAGUUUUGCCAGAUUUUUCAUUAUUGAUUUGUUGAAUUCUGAGAUUGUUGAAAACCAUUUUAAAUUUAAUGAUUUAAGGUUUCGUUCAGUUGAGAUUUACGGGUUGAUUACAUCAAUGUACAACCACAACAACAAAAAAUGUUUAAUAGUUGAUGAUGGAACUGCCAGUAUUGUUUGUAUGAUUGAUGAAAAAUAUAAUGAAACAGAAAUAUUGGAUAAACAAGAUGAAAUUGAUGAACUGUAUAAAAAGUUAAACAGUGAUUCCAGUGAUGUGUUAAUAAAGGCUGCAAUUAUGAUGCAAAAACAUCACAAAAAAAUUAAAGACAAACAGGAAGUGGCAGAAGGAGAUUAUGUAAAACUUGUGGGGAAUUUAUCCCAUUUCAAUGACAGCAGAUACAUAUUCAUAAAUAAACUUGAACGUGAAGAUGAUCCACUGGGACCCUCCACCAAUCUUAAAAAUAUGCUCCACCUCUAUGAAAAUGUUUAUAAUAAAUCUGAAUAACUGUGAUUUUAUUUUGUAUUUUUUUAAUAAAUUAAAUAAAACGUUUAA